AUGACUCCACGAAAUGAGAAGUCUUCACCAUCACACUCGGGGCGGUCCCCGUCUCACUCCUCUGGUGCAGAGGAUGGAGGUUCCCGCUUCGCCUUUGUAACCGAGGGCACUUUGGCCGAAGCUCGCAGCCAUGCAAUGCGGGAGCACUGGAGGCAGCGCCAACGGCGCAAGCAAAAAUCAGAAGAUCGCCGAACCCAGAGGAAAAUCUUGCCUCACACAAGCCCCGUGGAGAAGAGUAAACCCAAACCAAACUGCGCUUCUGAGCAAGUAGUCGAGUAUCAUAGUACCGAGGAUGUGUUUUUGCUACACCAACCCAGUCCGACUUGUAUAAAAACCAGAUACUCAGAUUACGACGGAGAAAACACAAAGACCCAGUAUCCUGGUGUGCCAGCACAAGCCUUAACCGGACUCAACCACGCCCUCGCGUCUUCCAGACUUGACCCCUUCGAGAUGUUUCCGGUUCAACUGACAAGUAACCAUCACAAAUUGCUUCACCAUUGGCUGAUUACUCACGCGGCAAUGAUGUUCGACGAUGUCGCCAUUCCGAGCUUUAACCCGAUGAAAGAUGUUUGGUUCCCCUUGGACCUCUCCAAUGCUGCUUCUUUCUAUGGUAUUAUGGCCCACUCAGCAGCUCACCUGGCUCACCUCUACGCGGGAAUGAACCCGUCAAGAGGAACAAGUUCCACCGAUGCGUUGAGGUACAAAUCUGAGGCUGUGAGAAUACUCUCUACAUGGAUGGCCGACCCAGAGAAAUCGCUGAGUAACGACGCCUUUGCUGCUGUUAUUCGGCUUUUAACAUUUGAGAGAUAUUGGGGGACAGAAGAGGAGUGGAUGGUGCAUCGGACUGGCCUUCAAAGGAUGAUCGACGCACGGGGUGGUAUUGAUAAAUUGCACGAUAAUUGGCGGCUGGAGCUUGUCGUCUAUCUUGUUUCCUUAAUGUCAAAACCGACGUGGUUUGAGUCAUCAAACAACAUAUCCGAAAUAUCCGAACAGUCUUUCCAAAAUGCCGCGAAAGCAGCAUUAGUAGAUACACAGAAAGUCCGCUGUCUGUGGCUGAUAUCAUUUAUCCAAGACAUGCGGACCCUCAUGGCAUUCUCAUCUCGGCUGUAUAUGGACGGUCUCGCGUCUUAUCCGUCCCUAUACGAUGCCGUUCUACUCUUACGGUCGAAUUUCCACUUAGCCAACGAGAACCCUUCCCGUACCGCUAGUUUCCCCUCCGACUAUGACAGACUGGCUUGCCUAUUCUCCAUCUGCGUCACGAUGCAAGAAUCCAUAUCCCACUCGCCUGUUACAUCAUCAUUACCCGCGCCUGAAAUUUAUAAUGACAUGGCACUGCUGGACGUCGCUCUUGCAACCUCGCGAAAUGUAUGGGAGACGUCGGUAUACAGCCUGCGUGCAUUUUUGCAUCACCACUUCGUGACAUAUCACCCGGACGGAGCCGCAAAGAUCGAUUAUGUCAUGAAGAUGACAGAUGUUCUGGGCCAUCUCAGUCUUGAAGCACGUAGAGGUGUCGAAAAGUGUCUUUUGAAUAUGCUAUGUCGUGCACGGGAGGGAAAGAUAUGGUUUUUGGCGGAUGAUGGCUGGACUCCUGAUUCGCUGCUGUCUUCUGUGCACGGCCAAUAA